UUGAAUUUUCAAUGUUCUUUUUCUCUAUAUAAAGCCCACCUUACCCAUCUUCAUUAUCUAAUCCCAGUAAUAGGAGAGUAGUAAUAUAAAAGUUCUUUAAGGCUAUUAUGGAGAUAAAAGUAUUGAAGCUGAGGAUGGCCUUUGCAUUUGUAGCAGUGUUUCUUCAUCUCUGCCCAUUGAUCAGCUGCCUACCUGAUCGGAGUCAAUUUCCUCAAGAUUUCCUCUUCGGAACUUCAACUUCAUCUUAUCAGAUUGAAGGGGCCUACUUGGAAGAUAACAAAAGUCUAAGUAAUUGGGAUGUUUUCACCCACACACCAGGAAAAAUCAAGGAUGGAAGCAAUGCAGAUGUUGCUGAUGACCAUUACCAUCGUUACAUGGAAGACAUUGAGUUGAUGCAUUCCCUUGGAGUGAAUUCCUACAGAUUUUCCAUUUCCUGGUCUAGAAUCCUCCCAAGAGGAAGAUUUGGUGAGAUUAAUAAGGCAGGAAUUGAAUUUUACAACAAACUCAUUGAUGCUCUCAUUCUCAAAGGGAUCCAACCAUUCGUUACACUAAACCAUUACGAUAUUCCUCAACAACUCGAAGACCGAUAUGGUGCAUGGUUAAGUUCUCAAAUUCAAGAAGAUUUUGGAUACUUCGCGGAAGUUUGUUUUAAGUCUUUUGGGGAUAGAGUAAAAUAUUGGACCACCUUCAAUGAACCAAACGUCUUGGUGAAAUCCGGUUACCUCACUGGCAAAUACCCUCCCUCCCGUUGUUCCAAACCGCAAGGCAAUUGCACAGCAGGUGAAUCUGCAAUAGAGCCAUACAUUGCAGCCCAUAAUGUCAUAUUGUCCCAUGCCACCGCGACUGAUAUUUACAAGAGAAAAUAUCAGGCUAAACAAGGAGGUUCUAUUGGGAUCGUGAUGUCCGCCUGCUGGUACGAACCGCUUAGAGAUAUUCCAGCAGAUCGUUCGGCAGCUCAGCGGGCCCUUGCUUUCGACAUUGCCUGGUUUUUGGAUCCUAUAAUUUAUGGAGAUUAUCCACCUGAAAUGCAUCAAAUAUUGGGGUUAAGAUUGCCGACAUUUUCAUCAACUGAUCGAAGAAAAUUACAAAAUAAAUUGGAUUUUAUCGGAAUUAAUCAUUAUUCAACUCUCUAUGCACAAGACUGCAUGUUUUUCCCAUGCAACUCGGGUGCAACUACAGGAGACACAUACGCAUUAAUCACUGGAGAGAAAGAUGGUCGACCAAUUGGAACACCGACUGCGAUGCCAACUUUUUACGUGGUACCGUGGGGUAUGGAAAAGACUGUAAUGUACUUCAAGGAAAGAUACAACAAUACGCCCAUGUACAUUACAGAAAAUGGGUACGCACAAGAUGGUGAAAAUGGUGUUUCCAAGAAAGAGCUGCUCAAUGACAUGGAGAGAGUAGAAUAUCUACGUAGCUAUGUGACUUCCCUAACUGCAUCCAUGAGGAAAGGAGCUGAUGUAAGAGGCUACUUCGUUUGGUCUCUAAUCGACAAUUUUGAAUGGUUGUAUGGGUAUACGCUACGGUUCGGCCUUUAUCAUGUGGAUUAUGAUACAUUGGAGAGGACUCCAAAACUUUCUGCGCGAUGGUUCAAACAAUUCCUCAAUGGCCAGAAGAUGCUAAAACACAUGGGUGGAGGUGAUUGGAGAUCAAAGCACAUGUCUUUCUAGUCUCCGUGCAGAUGUCUGCAGCGUAUAUAUGAUGUCUUAUUUAUGUUGUGUAAAAUAAUAGUGGUAUUGUUUUGAUUAAAUAGUACAUGAUAAUCCAUUAUAUUAUGUUGUAUUCAGUGAAUAAGUACAUGCUUUAUAUUGUAUUCAAUUGAUUCCCAUAUAGGCUGACAUGCCUUACAGGAUAUAAUAUAAAUUCUUUAGUCAUUUGAUUA